UGAAUUCUUGUGCCAGAGCUCAAACUUGUGACGAUGUCCCUGAACUUGCUGCCUGGUGUCACGUGGCUGCUCAAACGGCCGAAUUUCCUCAUCCUCGUCCAGCUGAAUCCUGCAAGGCAACGACAUCCGUCAUCUUCAAGCUCCUUCCCCCCCACAAUCUACAACUUUCUCCCCUCACCAAAGCACCAAAGCCGUCCUAAGAAUUGCUCGUCAACAUGGCGUCUUCUUCCAAGUCCGACAUCCGCCCAUGGCUGAACAAAGGAGCUCGAGCGAAGCUCGCGAAGGAGACAAUCAACUCCACGAUCCCCGCACUCCUAAAAUCCCACCCCUUCGCCCUGAACGGAAUCAAGAACACAGAGCUCCUUCGAUACUCCUCUACCUCGCAAGCCUUUGCAAAUCAAUCAUCAUCUGCGGCAAGCUCAAGCUCAAGCUCAAGCUCCAACCCCGCACCUCCACCUGCUCCGAUAAUCCCUCGAAUACGCAUCAUAAAAUCUGACACCCUCGAUGCCGUCCACUCCAUCCUGCAAUCUUCAAACAGCCCCAAAAUCCGCGUCUGCGCUUUGAACAUGGCCUCCUCGCUGCGUCCCGGCGGCGGCGUCCUCUCCGGCGCGGUCGCGCAAGAAGAAACGCUCUGCAUGCGCAGCACACUGUACCCCGCGCUCAAUACCUCCUGGUACCGACUCCCCGAAGACGCGCUCAUCUACACGCCAUCCGUGCUCGUCUUCCGCGAUAACCUCAACUCCGACCUCCCGAAAAGCCAAUACUACUACACAGACAUCAUUUCCUGCGCCGCGUUGAAGAAUCCGGAUGUUAUUAAAGUGAGGAUUAAGAAUGCAGAUGGGGAUGUGCUUGAAGAGAGGUGGGAGUAUGAGGAUGGCAGGGAUAAGGAGACGAUGGUGUUGAAGGUUCGACAUAUGCUACAGGUUGCGAAGGAGAAUGGGGUUACGCAUCUUGUGCUGGGUGCGCUGGGGUGUGGUGCGUAUCGUAAUCCACCGGAGGAGGUGGCGAGAAUUUUUAGGAGGGAGAUAUUGGGGGGUCGGGGGAGGAAGGGGUUCGAGGGCCUUGAGGAGAUUAGCUUUGCUAUUUUUGAUGAGGGGGUCAAUUUGAGGGUUUUCAGAGAGGCGUUUAAGGAUGUUGAUGCGGAGGCAACUUGAGAUGAAAGGAAGAAAGCUACAUUGUAUUACGAUGUUGCGAGGGAUGAGAGGUUGCUGAGUAGGCGGCUAUUCUACAGGAAGGGGAGAGCCGAGGGAAAAGGUCACAAUUUCCCGGCGACUUUGGUGGAGAGGCAAGCAGCAUUCUUCUGCUCGCAAACAAAAGCAAUGGCAUGGCACUGGAAGUUGAGCUCUUCCACCCAACAUUCUACUAACCAAGCAGCUGCCCAUUCACUCAGAACUCACUCCCUUGCCAGCUCGGCUCCCUCAUUCCAUCCAAACCCCUGGCCGCUCAAAGCCAUCUUCAAAUUCUCUCCCUCAACCGUCAUUUCCCCGACCUCCUAGAACUGAAGCAUCACAACGUCACUACCAACACGCAAAUAUCC